ACCGGAUAGCAUAAGUUUUUUAUUAUUCAGCCGAGUUCUACCCUCUUUUUGUUGGCCGCUGAAUUGCGUGAUUUUGUCUAACUAUCUGUUCUUUGCGCAGUCUUGCAUUCAUUCGAGUCCUCUUUUGUCCAAACAGCCUCCGAAGCACACGGGGUUUUUUAACGGUAUAGCUUAAUUUCUGCUUUCUCAGAGCAAUUAAGCACUUGGAUAGGCUACUCCGGCGCCUCACCCAGUGAACAUUUCGGAGAGUGCCACCGUGUCGCCGCGGUCUAACCAUGGGGAACCGGGGAAUGGAGGAUCUCAUUCCCCUUGUCAAUAAACUUCAAGAUGCCUUCAGCUCAAUCGGACAGAGUUGCAACUUGGACCUGCCCCAGAUUGCUGUGGUCGGUGGACAAAGCGCAGGCAAAAGCUCUGUGUUGGAGAAUUUCGUAGGAAGGGACUUUCUUCCACGAGGCUCAGGGAUCGUCACCCGCAGACCUUUGGUCCUUCAGCUGGUCAACAACAUAGCAGAGUAUGCCGAGUUCCUGCACUGUAAGGACAAGAAGUUUGUGGACUUCGAUGAAGUCCGUCGAGAGAUCGAGGCGGAGACGGACCGGAUCACUGGCUCCAACAAGGGAAUCUCCCCCAUACCCAUCAACCUCCGAGUCUUCUCACCCAACGUCUUGAACUUGACCUUGAUUGACCUUCCGGGUAUGACGAAGGUCGCUGUGGGAGACCAGCCAGUAGACAUUGAGUUCCAGAUCAGGGAAAUGCUCCUUCAGUUCAUCACCAGGGAGAACUGUCUCAUCCUGGCUGUGACGCCAGCCAACACUGACCUGGCUAACUCAGACGCCCUCAAGAUCGCCAAAGAGGUCGACCCACAGGGCCUGAGGACCAUCGGCGUGAUCACCAAACUGGACCUGAUGGACGAGGGGACGGACGCCAGAGACAUCUUUGAGAACAAGCUGCUGCCGCUGCGCAGAGGCUACAUUGGUGUGGUGAACCGCAGUCAGAAGGACAUUGACGGCAGGAAGGACAUCAGUGCAGCUCUCAGCGCUGAGAGGAAGUUCUUCCUGUCGCACCCGGCCUAUCGCCACAUAGCCGAGCGGAUGGGCACGCCAUUCCUGCAGAAGGCCCUCAACCAGCAACUGACCAAUCACAUCCGCGACACGCUGCCCACCCUGCGCAGCAAACUGCAGUCCCAGCUGCUCUCGCUGGAGAAGGAAGUGGAGGAGUACAAGAACUUCAAGCCCGACGACCCGCAGCGCAAGACCAAGGCUUUACUCCAGAUGGUUCAACAGUUCGGCGUGGACUUCGAGAAGCGCAUCGAGGGCUCAGGCGACCAGGUGGACACUGUGGAACUUUCUGGAGGUGCUCGCAUCAACCGCGUCUUCCACGAGAUCUUCCCCUACGAGCUCUUCAAGAUGAAGUUUGACGAGAAGGAGCUCAGGAGAGAGAUCAGUUAUGCCAUCAAGAACAUCCAUGGUGUCAGGACGGGGCUGUUCACGCCAGACAUGGCAUUUGAGGCCAUCGUGAAGAAGCAGGUCGUUAAGCUGAAGGAGCCGUGUCUGAAAUGUGUGGACGUGGUGGUGUCUGAGCUCUCCACGCUGAUCCGCAAGUGUACAGAGAAGCUGACGUCCUACCCUCGACUACGGGAGGAAACUGAGCGGAUCGUCACCACCCAUGUGAGGGAGCGAGAAGGCAAGACCAAAGAGCAGGUCUUGCUCUUGAUUGACAUGGAGCUCUCCUACAUCAACACCAACCACGAGGACUUCAUCGGAUUCGCCAAUGCUCAGCAAAGGACGGCCAACGUGAGCAAGAAGAGAGCCAUGCCCAACCAGGGACGUGGGGCUUUCUUCCACAGAAAUACUGUGAUCAGACGCGGUUGGUUGACCAUCAACAUCAGCAUUAUGAAGGGCGGGUCUAAGGAGUACUGGUUUGUGUUGACAGCAGAGUCUCUGUCUUGGUACAAGGAUGAUGAGGAGAAAGAAAAGAAAUAUAUGCUUCCUCUGGAUAACCUGAGGAUCAAAGAUGUGGAGAAGGGCUUCAUGUCAACCAAACACACCUUUGCCAUCUUUAACACUGAACAAAGGAAUGUGUAUAAGGACCUGCGCCAGAUCGAGUUGUCAUGUGACUCUCAGGAUGACAUAGACAGCUGGAAGGCCUCUUUUCUCAGGGCUGGGGUUUUCCCAGAGAAUGACCAGGCGGACACAGAGGAGACGAGGGAGGGCAGCGACAACAGCAUCUCCAUGGACCCGCAGCUGGAGCGGCAGGUGGAGACCAUCAGGAACCUGGUGGACUCCUACAUUGGCAUCAUCAACAAGUCCAUCCGCGACCUCAUGCCCAAGACCAUCAUGCACCUCAUGAUCAACAGCGCGAAGGAGUUCAUCCACUGUGAGCUGCUCUCCUACCUGUACAGCUCGGGCGACCAGAGCAGCCUGAUGGAGGAGUCGGCCGAUCAGGCCCAGCGACGCGACGAGAUGCUGCGCAUGUACCAUGCCCUCAAGGAGGCGCUCAAGAUCAUCGGGGACAUCAGCACCACCACCAUCUCCGUGCCCGUUCCUCCACCCGUUGAUGACAACUGGCUGCAGAAGGAAAGCAGCCCCCCCUCUCAGCGUCGUCCUCCACCAGCCAGCGCUGCUCCCCCCGGUCGCCCUCCUGCAGUGAGGGGGCCCACGCCAGGGCCACCCCAGAACCCCUCGCCUGCUUUCGGGGCGCCCCCCAUCCCGUCCCGCCCCGGUCCUCCCCCUGCGUUUGGGAACAACACGCUGGACCCCACAACUGCACCCCCUCUGGUGCCCUCACGCCCCGCCAGAGUGCCCCCCGCACUCCCCCCUGGUGUGCCUAGCAGAAGACCUCCCUCAGCUCCAAAUCGGCCAACCAUCAUCCGACCAGCCGAACCAUCGCUGCUAGACUAGACACACACACACACACACACACACACACUCACACUCACACUCACACUCACACUCACACUCACACUCACACUCACACUCACACUCACACUCACACUCACACUCACACUCACACUCACACACACACACACACACACACACACACACACUCUCAACAGCACCCCCAGCCAGAGGUGGCAGAGCACAAGCUAAGAGCACACAAAAGAAUAAAACAACUGCACACACAUUCAAAUUACAAAUUACACACAUACAUGCAUACAUACAUACAUACAUACAGUACGCCAACCCACAAAACCUGUACACACAAGCACAGGCACAAACACACGUCUGUACCAUUGAACUAUGUGCAAGCUCUAGCCUUACAGGGGAGCUACAUCUGAAGCGUUCCGUUUGCGACGCGUAUGUUGCAGCCGGUUGCAGCAGUUAAUAAUCACCUUGAAAGCUACACCAGACGCGACAGUGGCGCGUACAUUCGAAAAAAAUAGACCCAUCUUCUAAAAUGGAUUUUACACGUCGCGAACGGAACACUUCAGUUACGCGUCUGGUGUAGCUCCCCUGUUACCCACAAAAAAUUUACAUACAAGCACAGGCACAUACACACGUCUGUACCACUGAACUAUGUGCUAGCUCUAGCCUUAGGCUAAAGGGCCCUUUACACCUGGAAUGAUAACUAAUAAGAUAACUGUAUAACAAUAAAAGCAUCCACACUGACCAAUGAUGUGUUGAUGUCUAAAAUUUGAUGGACCCUGAUUGGCUAUCAGCUUUUUUUUUAAAAGUGAACUCCAACAAUAUCGUUCCGCAUGUCGUUAUCGUUUAUGUGUGGACGUCGUUAUUCAUAUUAGCUAAAACUUUACUUUUUUGUUGUUAUCCUAAUAGUUAUUAUUCUUGGUGUGAAUGGUCUUUAAGUCUCAGCGUCAACAUCCAACUUAAAAUUAAGUUCGUAAAAUCAAUUAAGUUUGUUAACACACACACACACACACACGCACACACACAGUCUUAUCUCUUUAGGGACCUAAAACCUGGUGACGUUAGCCAUGAUAUGAACUCAGUUCUGUCACCUUUGACCUCAUCUCUUAUUGGUUCACUGGUGUUUGAUUACUCCUCAUAAUAUUCUAACAUGAUUCAAAGAGGUGACAAUACACUUACGAUUUGUAAUCUUACAAUGACUUAUUAACUCAUGUUUUUUUUAUGUAUAGAAAUUUGUGUUCAAAGUGUUCAACAAGCUUUAAGACAUUGAAACGGAAUUUUACCCAGUGUACUACAUAACUGGGUACUUCAGUAGGUGGAGUGAAAGAGAGAGAGACAGAGAGAGAGAGAGAGAGAUAGAGAUGGAUUAAAAUGUACUUUUCCAUAUUAGUGGUAUUAUAGUCUCGAGUUUGGGGGUGCUGGGCUCUUGUGAGUCUAAUUCUGCUCCAGUGUUUGCUGCAGUCGUACAGUCAUUUAUAUGGCUGGCAUAAUCGAACAUACAUUUCUUGCCUUUGUAAUAAUCACUCCAAUAUAUUUAGCUUUUUGUCCUUUAUUUUUUUCCCCUCGCAUCUUACCCUUUUUUGUUUCAUCUGUUUCCCCCUGUAGGCUACUUCAGAUGUGUAUAUAUGUAUUUUUAUAUGCACCUUUUUAUGUUGAAUUGUGCAAUCCCAGCUGCAUAAUAGUGGCGGGGUUGGAGGUAUUCCCUAUUCCCUUCUCAAAACCACUUCACCAAGAUGCAUGUCAAACUAUUUCAAAACAACCUUGUUUUACUAUGUUGUGUGUCGGGUGGGAUCUUUCUGAAUCCCGGGCCUUUUUCCCCAUAGAGGGGAGAUCGAGACUUCUCCGCCAGAAUUUCAUAGCUGGAUACAUGUACAGUACAAGUGCUGAAGAUCCAUGGCUGAAGACGUCCAUUGCAAAAAAAGAAAAAAAAAAAAAGUUGUAGAGGAGGGUUGUCUGCUGAUCCUAGCUCAGUAUUUGCUCUGUAAAGAUCACCAGUUACAGAGAAACCUCCGAAAAAUUGUGUUUGAAUCUUGUCGGGGGGAGUAACGGUGUGAAGUUAGGGGUUGCAAGUAGUCGAAUUAUAUAGUUUUUAAACAACUAUGUCAAGCCAACAUUUCCCUCUCGGCUUUGUGGAUCUGUUUUAUGAUGAUGAUUUAUUAUAAAGCAUCCAUCUGUGUUUCGUCCACAUGUCUCUCCCCCCCCCCCCCCCCCCCCCCCACACACACACACACACACAACCUCUCUACUCCUGUUUUUACUUUUUGUACUUUCCUACAUGUACUCUUUUUAAAAAAGCAGCUUCUGUUGUUUUUUUGUUUAAGUGCCUCUAAAGCUCUCUUUUAGAAUUACACUUGUGACUCCUUGAGUCGCUGAAUGAAUUAAAAAUGAUGAACUGAAAAAUGGAAAUGAAUUGAAUGACAUUAUUGAUAAGAGGAAAAUAAAAGGGAUUGUCUUGGGCA